UAGACUGUUGCAUUGAUUGAUUAGUCAUUCGUUAACGGAUUCACGAUACGUUUGGAUCGACUAAUUACUUUCUCAUCGCCAUGGAUGGUCUCGAUAAGGAACAAGUUGCUCAAUUGAAGGGAGCCUUCGAUGCAUUUGAUCAUGAGAAAAAAGGGUGCAUAGGUACUGAGAUGAUCGGUACAAUUCUUGGUAUGCUUGGACACGAGCUCAGUGAAGAUACAUUGAAAGAGAUUAUUUCGGAAAUAGACGAAGACGGAUCUGGAGAAUUGGAAUUCGAGGAAUUUUGCAUCUUGGCUUCGAGAUUUUUAGUCGAGGAAGAUACAGAGGCUAUGGAACAGGAGCUUAGGGAAGCUUUUAGGCUUUAUGAUAAGGAAGGAAACGGUUACAUCACCACUGAUGUAUUUCGUGAUAUUCUUCACGAGCUCGACGAUCAAAUUCCACCAGAAGAAUUGGACAUGAUGAUCGAAGAAAUUGACGCUGACGGUUCGGGAACUUUGGAUUUCGAAGAAUUCAUGGCCGUCAUGACGGGAGAGUGAUCGUCAUCCUCAUAUGGAACUUCGAUGACGGAAGUCAAAAUGAUAAUAAAAAUAAUUUCCCAAAAGGAAGGAAUGCCAUGAGAAAUAAUUUUAUUGUUAUUUACAAUAUGUAAUAUUAGAAAUCGUGAGAGACUGAUUAAAUGCCAUAUUAUUUCAAUGGCAAUCAUUGUUAUGUUUGCAUUGUUUCUCAGUGAAGCAUUAUAGAGUACAAAAGACGUAACGAGAUUCGCAUUAUGUAAAAAUGUAGAUGAAACGUUUUAUUCAUAAUUAGUAAGAACGAUUUGUAAAUCCUUGUUAUGCAAUUCCAUCUGAGUCAUAUUCAAAUGUAUAAUUAAAAUUUUCAUCGUGCAUAAGAAUUUGUUAUUUGCUUUUAAUAAUAUUUAUGAAUAUAUUGUAAAAAAGAAUCUUGUUAUUUUUAUCCUUAUCAAUUACUGUGUUCAGAGUCGUCAGAGCCCUGUGAUCCAAUUUGUAAUCAUUGUAAUGACUCAAAGGAACGUUCUAUUAUAAAUGAGGAUAAAGAGGA